UCAGGAUGGAUUCAGCAGAGCUUUCAGUCAACAUCCUCCAAACCGAACCACCGAGCAGACUCAGCAGCAGGCGAUGGAGCAGAGUGAAGGGAACCACGUCCUGAUCCCUCACCGAGGAUUCGCGCUCAUCAGCGGGAUCCAUGACCCGGAUGAUGUGGAUCAGAUCUUUGACGUGGAGAUCCGUGACUCGGACGUGUUCGUCGUCACGUACCCCAAAUCAGGGACCAUCUGGCUGCAGCAGAUCCUCCUGCUCACUGAAGCUAAAGGUGACCUGUCGUCCGUCUCUCCUGAGGGGAUCAACAAUGCUGACUUGGUCCCCUGGAUUGAGGUGACGGGGUCCAGAAAAGGGUUCAUCUCAGCCCCCUCUCCCCGCUUCAGGGUCUCCCACCUCCCAUACAAGUUCAUGCCUGCGGCCCUUAGCAGGAAGAAGGGGAAGGUGAUCUAUGUGGCCAGAAACCCCAAAGAUGUCCUGGUGUCGUAUUUCUACUUCCAUAACUUUGCAACCAUGCUGGAAACUCCCAAAAACUUUGAGGAUUUCUUUGAAAAGUUUAUGACGGACAGAGUGUUUGGGGGCAGCUGGUUCGAGCACAUAAAGACCUGGUACUCUCAUAAAGACGACAUGAACAUGCUGUUUAUCACAUAUGAGGAGAUGAUUCAGGAUCUGCCGACGGUAGUGCGGAGGAUCUCGUCUUUCCUCGGUAAAGAUCUUACGGAGGAGCAGCUGGCUAACGUGGUGAAGCACAGCACCUUCAAAAACAUGAGGAAGAUCCCACAGGCGUCCUACGAACAGAUAUCAGAUGACCUGCUCAACCACAGCCAGGGACGGUUCAUGAGGAAAGGAACCAUUGGGGACUGGAAGAACCACUUCACGGUGGCUCAGAAUGAGAAGUUCAAUGAGGUCUUCCAAAGAGAGAUGAAGGAUUUCCCCCUUUCGUUCAUCUGGGACAUCAGGGACAUCAUGUGAUCUUGACAUUAACAUCAAGAGAUCCAACUUAAACACCAGAGAAGAACAUCAGAGAAGAAGAGUCCCAACUGCAGCUACAUGAACUCUGUCUGCUAUAGACACAUUAUUAGGGCCCAAGUGGUGCUAGGACCUAAUGUGUUUGUAAAGAUUAUUAUUUUAAUAGCUUGUCAUUAUCGCAUGGAUUUUUGAGGGCCUUAACAUGAUCAGGUUUUAGGAAACUUUGCAGGUUCAUCCAAUCUCUUUUUUUGGGUCUCCACUGUGACUAUUCAGAAUUGCUUAAAUAAUCACCUCCUCAUAGUUUUCAAAGUUAUAAUUUUGUGAGUGGCUGCAGCUUGGAGAGAUCUACAAAAAGCCUCCUGGGCCAACACUGUACCUCCAACUGGGAAUCUGUCAUCUUGAAUGAGUUAGCAAAAACUGGGCUAUUUUUGGCCCUUUUCAGGAUCAUAUCAGGACUAACUUGUCUCAACUUGUUUCAUCCGAUCAGCUUGUUCUUUGGCGUACAGCUAGAUGACACAUGGAUGAUGAAACAAUCCUCUGGAAUUCAUCCUCCGUUUAAGGGUGGGUCCAUGGCGAGGUGCUCAAUUUGCAUAUUGUAUUUUAGCUUGUCAGUCCUGUUUAAAGCUGUCUAGGUACCUUCUCCAUGUUAAACACUAACACAUUUACACCAUGUCAUCCUGACCCCCUCUCCUGUAGACCAGCGGUGCCUCUGAAACUCACUUUCACACUUUUCAGAGUGCUAAAAACAUUGCCAACAAUAUCAGUGAUCAAUGAUUGUAUCAGCUGACCUCCAUGGCCCCCACUAUAGGGCUGGGCCCCAGAGAGCCCUUUUAGGUGGUCUUGACUCUGUCACUGUCAGAUCCAUGGCUCUAUGUCACAGGUGUCAAACUCAAGAAUUAAUUUGUGUUUUAUUUCAUAUUUUGAAUUUUGCAUCUCAAGAUUACUACUCAAACUUAUGAUUUUGACUUUUCAUUUCAUGUUUUUACCUUUUCAACUCA